AUGACUCAAAUGAAAACAAUUCAUGAUUUUGUCCGAGCAAACAAUGUUAAAGAACUUGAAUUAAUAGUUGGUCGAGGAGCAAGUGUUAAUGAAAUUGAUGCGCGUAAUGACGAUAAAUUUACACCAUUACACUGGGCGGCUCAUGCAGGAAGCUUAGAGUGUAUGCAUUGGUUAUUAUGGCAAUCAGCUGAUGUAGAUGCUCAAACACCUAAAGGAUGGACACCAAUUCAUAUUGCUUCAAUUCGAGGACAUGAUGCAUGUGUACAAGCUUUAAUUAAUAAUAAUGCUAAUUUACAUACACGUGAUCGAUGUAAUCAAACUUGUCUUCAUAUGGCUUGUACCCAUGGAAAUUCUUUUGUUGUUCAUACUCUUUUACGUGGAGGCGCAGAUAUCAAUCAUAUGGAUGUCAAUGGAUGGACACCAGCUUUUACAGCAGCAUAUCAUGGAAGACUUGGAUGUUUACAAAUGCUUGUUAAAUGGGGUGCAAAAUUGGAUGAUGUUGAUAAUGAAGGAAAUACGGCUGCUCAUCUUACAGCAAUGGAAGGUCAUUUACCAUGUUUAAAAUUUAUCGUCUCAGUUAAUCGUGAUAUAUCAUCAAUAUUAGGUGCACGAAAUGAUCAUGGUGAUACACCAAAAUCUUUAGCUGAACAAUUUUUUAAAGAAGAUUGUUGUACAUAUUUGGAUGCACUCGAAUGGGAACAAGAUCAUCCAGAACAAGCCGAAAAUCUUGCUUUUCCCGCACAUGUAGCUGCAUAUAAUGGAGAUUUUGAACAUGUUAAAUUAUUAAUUGAACAAGGUGUUGUUAAUAUGAAUGAACGUGAUGAACGUGGUGCUACACUGGCACAUAAAGCAGCUGGUCAAGGACAUUUAAAAAUUAUUCAAUGGUUAAUUGAAAUGGGUGCAUCAAUGGAAUUAACAACUCAAAGUGGUGAAACACCAAAAGAUGUAGCAAGACGUUUUGGUCAAUUAGCUUGUUUAAAAAUCUUAGGCGGUGAUGCUGAUAAAACAGAAACAAAUCAACAACGUCAUCAAAAUGAAUCAACAAAACAAGGUCAUAGAAGAAAAUUAACACCGAAAGAAGAAGAACGUUUACGUGCAAAAACCAAACUUGAUGAAUUAGAAAAACAAGUUGAUAUAGCAAAAAAAAAUUAUCGACAAUUAGGUGGACAAUUAGAUGAUGAUAAAAAACGUGAAACAAUGGAACAAAAUUCGCAAAAAAAAAUUGAAGAACUUGAAACUCAAUUAGAAUUUGAAAGACUUAAAAGAGAAAAACGUGAAUCAGAAUUAGAUGAAUGUCGAAAUGAGAUCGUUCGUCUUGUUACUGCAUUACGAAAAUAUGAAGAUAAAAUACGACAUUCACAACAAAGACCACCAAGUGGAACAAUGGAACAAAAAACUAAUAAGGCAUCAUCAGCUUCAAGCAAACGACAAAAACGUGUAGAAAAAGAAACAGGACUUGUAUUUAUGCGUAGAAAUUCAGUGAAUUCUUAA